AUGUCGAUAACGCCAAUAUUAAGUUCUACCAUUUCAGUUGAUAGUGAUAAUGGUGGUAAUACUAAUCUGAAUGGUUUGCAGACUGAAUAUAUUGUACCCACUUCAACUUUAGUUGUGGCCACUGAGGCAUCUAAAACCAGCCCAACAACGUCGCCAACUACUUCCCCAACUACCAGUCCAACCACUAGCCCGACAACUAGUCCUACUACAAGUCCAACUACUAGCCCGACAACUAGUCCUACUACAAGUCCAACUACUAGCCCGACAACUAGCCCAACUACAAGUCCAACUACUAGCCCGACAACUAGCCCUACUACAAGCCCAACUACUAGCCCAACAACUAGCCCUACUACAAGCCCAACGACUAGCCCAACAACUAGCCCUACUACAAGCCCAACAACUAGCCCUACUACAAGCCCAACCACUAGCCCAACAACUAGCCCUACUACAAGCCCAACCACUAGCCCAACAACUAGCCCUACUACAAGCCCAACCACUAGCCCAACAACUAGCCCUACUACAAGCCCAACUACUAGCCCAACAACUAGCCCUACUACAAGCCCAACCACUAGUCCAACAACUAGCCCUACUACAAGCCCAACCACUAGCCCUACCACAAGCCCAACCACUAGCCCUACAACAAGCCCGACGACCAGUCCUACAACUAGUCCAACCACCAGUCCUACUACCAGUCCGACCACCAGUCCCACAACCAGCCCUACCACCAGUCCGACAACUAGUCCUACUACCAGUCCAACGACCAGUCCUACUACCAGCCCGACCACAAGUCCCACUACUAGCCCUACCACCAGUCCGACCACAAGUCCUACUACCAGUCCAACGACAAGUCCCACUACUAGUCCUACCACCAGCCCGACUACCAGCCCGACCACAAGUCCUACAACCAGUCCCACCACUAGUCCUACUACCAGUCCUACUACUAGCCCAACCACUAGUCCUACUACUAGCCCAACAACCAGUCCUACCACUAGCCCUACCACUAGUCCUACUACUAACCCGAUAACGAGGCCCACAACGACUCCAACAACAACACCAAUUCCUAUCAGUGAGUAA